CGCAGAACGAAAACAGCGUAACACUUUUUCGUGAGAUAAUUGCUGUUUUUCGCUUUCGUUUCAAGACAAUUAGCACAAUGGGAGAGAAAGAGUCUGUGGAGAGAGAGGAGAUGGACCUACACAUUCCCUUCUACCCUCUUCCAGAGGAAAUACAACAGAUGGAGAGGUCGGAGACUGUGUGUCAGUACUGCGGUGUGAGUUACCUCAUCCUUCAUGAGUUCCAGCUCCUCCAGGACAGGUUGGCCCAGGUGGAGAGAGAGCUCCAGAACCAGAGAGGUGCCGCAGAGAGAGAGAGAGCCAAGAGAGAGCUGCUGGAACUGGGCAGAGAGGAGUGGGAGAGGGCGCUGAGAGAAGAGAUCCAGAGAGGGGCUACGGAGAAAGAGAAUGUUCUGAGAGAAGAACAUGAAAAGAGGUUUGAAGAGAGGAGAUGCCUAGAUGAGGAGCUGGAAAAAAGGAGUGAGGAGAGAGACAGAGCCUUGAGAGCACAGCUCGAAAGAGGGGCAUUGGAGAGAGAGAUGACCCAGAGAGAACAGCUUGAAAAGAGAAGUGAGGAGAGAUGGAGAGUACUGAAAGAGGAGAUUGAGAAGAGGAGUGAGGAAGGAGAGAGAGUCCUGAAAGAAAAACUCCAACAGGCCAACACUCGUCUGGAGGAACAGAGGGAAGACCUACGUCAGCUGGAAGAGAGGCUGAAGAGUGUGGGUUUGGAGCGAGACAUGACAGAGGGUCUGCUGGGUAAAGAGAGAGAGCUCUGCCAACAGCUCAGAGGGAGGUGUGUAGGACAGCAGGAGACCCUGACUGCCACCCUGUCUCUGCUUCGAUGCUCUCGUCAGGAGCUAAGAGACAUACAGGGUUUCCUCAGUCAACUGACAGGGGCCUGGGAGGACUGCAGGUCACAGCUACUGGAGAGGAGCAGGAAGGCAUACUCAGCGCUCAGGGAGGAGCUGAGGAGUGUGUGUGUGGAACUCCAGAGGAUCAGGAUGGAGAGAGAGCACGUGGAGCAGAAACUCAUAGCUCAGAGCAGAAAGACAGAAGAGCUGGUGAACCAACAGACACACACCCAGAGGGAGCAGAGAGACAGACUUCUCAGGCUGUCCCAAGAGCUCAGGGAGAAGGAGGAAGGCUGGUUGUCAUGCCGAUGCAGGUGUGACUCUUUACAAUCACAGCUGCUGGCAUGUCAACAGAGAGAGGAGGAGGCGACCCGGAAGUACUCUGGGGCUGAGCAGGACGUGGACGCUCUGAGGAGAAAACUAGAACACGCCCAACAGAAGAGCAAAGACCUGAGUAGAGACAGUGAGAGGAUGAUGGAGGACCAUCGUAAAGCCUUGACCAAGAUGGAGGACGACUACAGACAGGAGCUGCCCUUCAAGCUACAGGCGGCUCUGGAGGAGCAGAGGACCCAGAAUGCCGUGCGUCUGAAGGAGCAGGAAGAGGAGCUAAAGAGGGAGGCGGGGUUAGAGCUGGUGAUUGACAGGGAGAAGAGUCAGGAGCUUCUGCUGCAGUACCAGAGAGAGAAGGAGCAGCUGCAGAGGAAGCUGUUCUCCCAGGACCACUCAGCCACACAGGAGCUCAGAGAGGAGGUGCAGAGACUGGAGGUGAGACUGAGGGAGGUGCAGGAGGAGAGGAGCGCUAAAGAGGAGAGGCUACAGCGUGCACUACAGCACUCCCAGCAACAGGGGGCGCUAGAUCUGAGCCAGGCCAGAACAGAACUGCAGCUACUGAGAAGAGAGAACGCUGGACUACAGGACGAGGUGGUAUUGCUUCAGGAGACAGUGAGGAGAGAGUGUGAGGAGAGAGGGGAGCUGACCGCUGCUCUUACCCAUGUUAGAGAGCAGCUCCUGGUGCUACAACGCCAAGCCUCGCCCCUGGAUCUCUCCCACCUCCAGGGCAAACACCCCCAGACAGACCUCCCACAUUCCCAGACCAAAGUCAGACUGCCCCUCACCCGCUCCCUCACCCCCCAGCACACACUGAGACCUUCCUCCCCUUACACAGCCACGGGGGGGAGAGAGGGGGGAGCUGUGGGGAGGAGUGUGGCAUCCUGGCACGGUAGUGGGGGAGGAGCGGGGGAGAGAGAGAGAGGGGGGAGCCUGCCCAAACUGAGGUCCAGCAGUGAGGUCAAACACAGAGUUAAUCUGGUGAUGGGGAGGAAGGAGAGAUCCUGA